CUCCGCCGCCGCCGCCACCGCCGCCGCCGCCGCCACCGCCACCACCGCCGGCGGCGGCAGCAGCCAUUUCAUCUCCGCCGAAGCCAGACACAAAAACAUGGCAGAAAUGGAGAAAGAAGGGAGACCUCCGGAAAAUAAAAGGAGCAGGAAGCCGGCUCACCCGGUGAAAAGGGAGAUCAACGAGGAGAUGAAGAACUUUGCAGAAAACACUAUGAAUGAACUCCUUGGCUGGUAUGGCUAUGAUAAGGUUGAAUUGAAAGAUGGUGAAGAUAUUGAAUUCAGGAGCUACCCUACAGAUGGAGAGAGCCGCCAGCACAUUUCUGUUCUCAAAGAAAAUUCUUUGCCAAAACCAAAAUUACCUGAGGACAGUGUUAUCUCACCAUACAAUAUAAGCACAGGCUAUUCAGGGCUUGCCACAGGAAAUGGACUCAGUGACUCACCUGCAGGGUCCAAGGAUCAUGGCAAUGUGCCCAUUAUAGUACCUUUAAUUCCUCCACCUUUCAUAAAGCCACCAGCAGAAGAUGAUGUGUCAAAUGUACAAAUAAUGUGUGCCUGGUGCCAGAAAGUGGGAAUCAAGCGCUAUUCCCUGAGUAUGGGAAGUGAGGUGAAAAGCUUCUGCAGCGAGAAGUGCUUUGCAGCCUGCCGACGAGCCUACUUCAAGAGAAAUAAGGCUAGAGAUGAAGAUGGACAUGCUGAAAAUUUCCCCCAGCAGCACUAUGCUAAGGAAACUCCAAGGCUUGCCUUCAAGAAUAACUGCGAACUACUUGUAUGUGACUGGUGUAAGCACAUAAGACACACAAAAGAAUACCUGGAUUUUGGGGACGGGGAAAGAAGGCUUCAGUUCUGCAGUGCAAAAUGUCUCAAUCAGUACAAAAUGGACAUUUUCUACAAAGAGACACAGGCCAAUCUUCCAGCUGGGCUGUGCAGCACAUUACACCCUCCCAUGGAAAAUAAAGCAGAAGGCACCGGGGUGCAGCUGCUCACUCCAGACUCUUGGAAUAUCCCUCUAGCAGAUGCUCGGAGGAAGGCCCCCUCCCCGGUGGCUGCAGCUGGCCAAAGCCAGGGCCCUGGCCCAUCGUCGUCCACCACCGUCUCUCCAUCUGACACCGCCAACUGCUCUGUCACUAAAAUCCCCACGCCAGUGCCCAAGUCCAUGCCCAUCAGCGAGACUCCGAGCAUCCCUCCCGUCUCCGUCCAGCCGCCCGCUAGCAUCGGGCCUCCCCUCGGCGUCCCGCCUCGCAGCCCUCCCAUGGUGAUGACCAACCGCGGCCCGGUGCCGCUGCCCAUCUUCAUGGAGCAGCAGAUCAUGCAGCAGAUCCGCCCGCCCUUCAUCCGCGGGCCACCGCACCACGCCUCCAACCCCAACAGCCCUCUGUCCAACCCCAUGCUUCCCGGCAUCGGGCCCCCGCCCGGCGGCCCCCGGAACCUGGGCCCCACGUCCAGCCCCAUGCACCGGCCCAUGCUGUCGCCCCACAUCCACCCCCCCAGCACCCCGACCAUGCCCGGGAACCCCCCGGGCCUGCUGCCGCCGCCGCCCCCGGGCGCGCCCCUGCCCAGCCUCCCCUUCCCGCCCGUGAGCAUGAUGCCCAACGGCCCGAUGCCCGUGCCGCAGAUGAUGAAUUUCGGGCUGCCGUCGCUCGCCCCGCUGGUGCCGCCCCCCACCUUGCUCGUGCCCUACCCCGUGAUCGUGCCCCUGCCCGUGCCCAUCCCCAUCCCCAUCCCCAUCCCUCACGUCAACGACUCCAAGCCCCCCAACGGAUUCUCCAGCAACGGGGAGAGCUUCAUUCCGAGCGCCCCUGGCGACCCGUCGGCGGCGGGGGGCAAGCCGGGCGGGCGCUCCCUGUCCCCCCGGGACUCCAAGCAGGGCCCGUCCAAGCCCGCGGACUCGCCGCCCGGCUGCUCGGGCCAAGCGCUGAGCCUGGCGCCCGCGCCCCCGCCCGCGCCCGCGCCCCCGCCCGCGCCCGCCGAGCCCGGCCGCAGCGACGUGGUGGACCUGACGCGGCGCGCGGGCAGCCCCCCGGGCUUCGCGGGCGUGCUGCAGGGCCCGCAGGACGGCGUCAUCGACCUCACGGUGGGCCACCGCGCGCGGCUGCACAACGUGAUCCACCGCGCGCUGCACGCGCACGGCCAGGCGGAGCGCGAGCCCGGCGCCGCGGAGCGCAGGACCUGCGGCGGCUGCAGGGACGGCCACUGCAGCCCGCCCGCCGCCGGCGACCCGGGCCCGGGCGCCCCCGCAGGCCCGGAGGCCGCCGCCGCCUGCAACGUCAUCGUGAACGGCACGCGCGCCGCCGCCGCCGCCGCCGCCGCCGCCGCCGAGGGCGCCAAGGGCGCGGAGCCGCCGCCCGAGCAUCCCCCGCCGCCGCCGCCGCCGCCGCCGCCGCCGCCGCCGCCCGCGCCGCCCAGGAAGCUGCUGUCGCCCGACGAGCCCGCCCUGAGCGAGCUGGAGUCGGUCAAGGAGAACAACUGCGCCUCCAACUGCCACCUGGACGCGGAGGCGGCCAAAAAGCUGAUGGGGGAGGAGGCCCUGGCGGGGGGCGACAAGUCGGACCCGAACCUCAACAACCCCGCGGACGAGGACCACGCGUACGCCCUGCGGAUGCUGCCCAAGGCGGGCUGCGUGAUCCAGCCGGUGCCAAAGCCCGCGGAGAAGAGCGCCCUGGCGCCGGGCGUCAUCGCCGCGCCCCUGCUCGGCGCCGGGCCCGAGGACCUGGAGCCUCCGCUCAAACGCAGGUGCCUCCGGAUUAGAAAUCAGAAUAAGUAAAAAAAAAAAAAAGAAAAAAAAGGAACGCGCACUCACAGGGUACCUCGCGUGGAGAGAGGGCGAGAGCAAACCGCGUCCCGCCACCCAGUGACACCAGCUGUCAGCUCCCCACCCCUCGGGCUAGAACUCAGACAAAUAAAGGCGCUUCCUGUCGUUGAGCAGCUGAGGAAGCGGCCUCCCUCGGCGGCCUCCAGCCCAGAGCGGCCCGGCCCGGCCCGGCUCGGACCCACCCCGCGGCCCGGCCUCCUGGCGGCCACCGGCUCCGCUUCUCCCCAGAGGAACUUAGGGAUUUCGCCCCUGGUUUUGGGAAAUCAAAACACCGACAAGCCACAAGGACCAACGUAGGUAAAUGUCCCCGCUCCGUCUUCGAGGCUCAGAGGGUGAGGCUGGAAGACGAUACGAAUUUGAAAACACAAAUCUUUUUUUAGUCAUUAAAAAAAAAAAAAAAACUGCUGUGGUUUUGCUGCUACACUAAGAAUCGUGAUUUGCAUUGUAUGGUUUUGGACCUAUACUGUUCACGUUUUGAAGGCGGAGAGGGAUCGCGCUGGAGCCCCAACCCCUCCAGAUUCAUCUCUGUCCCGCCCAGGAUGCACUUUUAAAUGAAGAGUUAGAAUAUUUUAUUGGCUAAUAUACUUUUUCUUGUUAUUUUUACAAAGGCCACCUUUAUCCUUUUUAAUGCCAUAUUUUCAGUGUUACACUUUUAUGGCUUUUAAUUUUUCGAUUUGACAGAUGUAAGAAGCAGCAUGAAUAGUUUAUACUGUGGUUUUUCAGAGACUGAAUGCCAAGAGAACUCGGUAAAUGUUUAUUCUUCUCAGCUUUCUCUUUAAAUUCUCCUAAAUAGCGCCCCAUUUGGGAACACAGCAAGAGUGUUGAACUGAAGACCAAAAUGCCCUCAAGGUGUAAAAUAAUCCGAGGGGGAAUAUUUGCUGGGCGUCACGAAAGACUUGGAUGAAAUUUCAACCCUGAUGGUUUUCGGUGAUCCAGGAAGUCAGUGAAGCAAUCUCUCUAUACGCAGAGUCCUUUCAUGAUAAUUAGAAUGGUAUGGACGAACCAGUGAAAACAAGAGGGAAAGUGAGAAAGAUCACCCAUGAUUCUGUUUCACUGUUUGCUUUCUCCUGUCAUGGUUAAGAGAAAUGUGCAAUUCAAUCCUCAAUCAGUGGGUGGAGGAUAACAGGGUAGAUUUUCUUGUGUGCACUUGUACAGUUGUAGCUGCGAGUCCAGAAGUCCUCUAGAGCAUGUGUACUGACACUGAGUUGGUGAGACAGUCGUGGAGUAUCCCAUUCUGAUGAGUACAGAGAAAAAAAAAAAAAAAAAA